AUCCACACUAGGCUUUCGCAGGCCAACUCUUAACCCUUGGGAGCGGACAGCUUUCCAAGCGGAAAAGCACCGACCAGGAGGAAACGAUUAACCAGAGCGAACGGGGCGGCCGGGGGAGGGUGGGUUGCUCUGUGAAAAGGUUACAAGAUUUGGGGCGGAAGGGAUAAAUGUUUCAUUCCGGAGCUACAAACACAGCGCAGAAAGGCGGGGCACGGGUAGCGUGUCCUAAAGGAAUGAUAGGCUGAGGAGAAACGGUCUCACUAGGUUGCAAUCAAAAACGCCUCUCCGAGGAAAGAAUCGGGAAAAACGGAGAAAAAACUGUUCGCAAACUGGAGAGUAGGAAAGGGGGCGGGCUGGCGGGGGAGGUCGGAGGAGGGUUCUGUCCAAGCCUAUCGGUGACGCCAGGGCGGAUGACGUCACAGCCAAUGGACAGUCAGCGCGGGACUUUCAAUUAUCCUCCCGCCCAAUCCGGGAGAGACUGCGCCGAUAAAGACUGCUGCUGCUGGAGGGCUCGCAUUCCUGUCCCUGUCGCUGCGCCGGUUAGCUCGUGUCUUGACCCGUUAUGGCCCGUACUAAGCAGACUGCCCGCAAGUCGACCGGGGGCAAGGCCCCGCGGAAGCAGCUGGCCACCAAGGCCGCCCGCAAGAGCGCGCCGGCCACGGGCGGCGUGAAGAAGCCGCACCGCUACCGGCCGGGCACCGUGGCCCUGCGGGAGAUCCGGCGCUACCAGAAGUCCACCGAGCUGCUGAUCCGCAAGCUGCCGUUCCAGCGGCUGGUGCGCGAGAUCGCGCAGGACUUCAAGACGGACCUGCGCUUCCAGAGCUCGGCCGUGAUGGCGCUGCAGGAGGCGAGCGAGGCCUACCUGGUGGGGCUGUUUGAAGACACGAACCUGUGCGCCAUCCACGCCAAGCGCGUGACCAUCAUGCCCAAGGACAUCCAGCUGGCCCGCCGCAUCCGCGGGGAGCGGGCUUAAGUUACACUGCACUCGGCUCGGGGUUCCAUCUCAUCCAAAGGCUCUUUUCAGAGCCACCCACAACAGCAUUCGAAAACGGCUGUGUCACUUAGUCUGGGCCGUCACCGGGUGGACGCUCCCAAAGUCGGGGAGAGGUUUAGGGAGGUGAAGCCCUAGGUUCCCGGGGGUGGGUUGCGUAAAAGAUAGGACGGGUUGAUAGGUUUGCUUAACCUGCUUAUAGACCGCUUAACUGGUGGCUUGGAGCUUUACAGGCUUAACUGGGUUCGUAAGGUCACUGGCGCUUGCCUGUUUUGCGUCUCUGAGUUGGCCACCCACUGUCCCGCACUGAAGUUUUCCGCCAUUUGGGGGCCUAAGCUCUUGUGCUUUUUUUGUACACGGCGACCCAGCAUGCGAAUUCGAGUAGGUAGGGAGUGGAGAACGAACUGACAGCGGAAGGAGUUCCUGCGGACGGGAGCGCGCCUGGGUCGCCUUGUGCGGGAACGAAGAGCUGCCCGCUGCCAGGUAUGCGCUCAUCCUUUCCCCCUCGCCCCGCCCCUGCCGGAAACGGCCUCACCCGGCGCGGCCUAGUACUGGGGAGGGAAACCGCCGCCUCUGUCUAGCUCAGAUCCUUCGGUUCCUGUGCUUUGGCUGCUCUUUAGGUAUUGGUGAGGCCCGUGCUCCCCUCCGCAGCAGGACGUUAUCGGUUUGUGCCACUGCCCUCACCUCCACUCUACCGCCUAUUUGUCAAAGCUCCCAAGGCUCCCUCAGUAAUUGUUUCUGUUAGGUGCCAUAGAGGUGGUUCUGACUUAAGGCGACCGUAUAAACAGAAGAGCGAAACUGCCCGGUCCUGCGCUGUCCUCACAAUCUUUGCUAUGUUUGAGCCCGUUGUUGCAGGCACUGUGUCCACCUCGUUGAGGGUCAUCCUCUUUUUCACUCAUCUACCAAGCAUGAUGCCCUCCAGGAACUGGUCCCUCCUGAUAACAUGUCCAAAGUAUGUGAGACAUUUCGCCGUCUUCGCUUCUAAGGGAGCUUUCUGGCUGGACCCACAAGACAUUUGUUUGUUCUUGCAGUCCAUGGUUAUAUUCAAUGUUCUUCGCCAAUACCAUGAUUCAGAGGCAUCAAUUCUCCUUGGUCUUUCUCAUUUCCAGCUUUUGCAUGCAUAUGAGGCCACUGAAAAUACCAUGGCUUGAAUCAGGCACACCUUAGUCCUCAAAGUGAAAUCUUUGCUUUUUAAUACUUAAAAGAAGUCUUUUGCAGCGGAUUUGCCAAAUGCAAUAUGCCAUUUGAUUUCUUCACCUCUGUUUCCAUGAGUGUUGAUUGUGGAUCCAAGUAAAAUGAAAUCCUUGACAACUUCAAUCUUUUCUCCCUUUUGAUGUUGCUUAUUGGCCCAGUCGUGAGGAUUUCUGUUUUCUUUAUAUCGAAGUGUAAUCUAUACUGAAGGUUGUGGUCUUUGUCAUCAGUGUUUCAAGUCCUCUUCAUUUCCCGCAAGCAAGUUUCUGUCGUCUGCAUAUUGCAGGUUGUUAAUGAGUCUUCCUCCAUUCCUGAGGCCACAUUCUUCUUCAUACAGUCUGCCUUCUCCAAUUAUUUGCUCAGCAUACAGAUUGAAUAAGUAUGGUGAAAGGACACAACCCUGAUGCACACUUUCCCUGAUUUUAAACCACACAGUAACCUCUUGCUCUGUUAGAGUGACUGCCUCUUGGUCUAUGAACAGAUCCCUCAUGAGCACAAUUAAGUAUUCCAGAAUUCCCAGUCUUUGCAAUGUUCUCAAUAAUUUUUUAUGAUCCAGUCGAAUACCUUUGCAUAGUCAAUAAAACACAGGUAAACAUCUUUCUGGUAUUCUCUGCUUGUAGCCAAGAUCCAUCUGAUACCAGCAAUGAUAUCCCCCGUUCCAGGUUCUCUUCUAAAUCCAGCUUAAUUUUCAGCAGCUCCCUGUCAAUCAGUGCUGCAACUGUUUUUUAAUUAUUUUCACAAAAUUUUACUUUCAUGUGAUAUUAAUGAUAUUGUUCAAUAAUUUUCAAAUUCUGUUGGAUCACCUUCUUUGGGAUGGGCACUAACAUGAAUCUCUUCCAGUCAGUUGGCCAGAUAGCUGUCUUCCACAUUUCUUGGCAUAGAUUCAUGAGAACCAUGGUUGCAUCCAUUUGUUGAAACAUCUCAAUUGGAGUUCCAUCAAUUCCUGGAGGCUUGUUUUUCAACAAUGUCUUCAGUGCAGCUUGGACUUCUUCCUUCAAUAUCGUUGGUUCUUGAUCAUACGCUACGUCCUGAAAUGGUUGAACCGAUUGACCUCAACAUUCUCAGCCACUAUUUCCAGGACCUCUUCUUCCCAUUUUGUGUCCUCACCGCCAUUGGAAUCCAUAUCUGUUCCCUCCUCCCCUUUAUUUUCUUUAAAAUGCCAACAAAAUUUGGGCAUAUAGCAUAGGCAGCUCUGAGCAGGACUGGACCACAGGACAGGUGGGAUCUGGUGUGUCUGACCCAGCAUUCCACGAGUUGGUAGAGUCCUCUGGCUUUUGCUGGCCUGAGCCCAAUGGAGCAAUCUUGGGGAGGAAGGUUCAAUGGCCACCAUGCCCAGUCCACUCCCUGGAAGCUCAGUCAUGGCUGUAUAUCAUUCUUUGCUGAAUUCUACAGCACAAGACUCAUGAUUCUCCCUGGAAGAAGCAGAGACCGUAAGCUCUGUCUAGAGAUACUGGUUAUUAUCCAGCACAAGGAGCUUGGAGUUCAAGUUUCUGAUAGGCUUUGAACCAACAGAAGGCAGAGCUUACCUUGCUCCCCUCCUCCUGCCCACAUCCGUUUGCCCCAGCAGUUGUGAGAACAGAGAGGUUGUCUCAGAGGGGUGAUUCCUGCAUCAACCAGGUGAGAGUGGAAGUCUAAGGCCUUCCAGUCUCUUUCAGGAAUGAAUGAUCCUAUUCAACUAGGAGAGUGGAACAGAGUCUUAUAGAGCCCACACUGCACAAGGCUCAAAUACAAGCAAUGGUGUUAAUCUUGGAUGACGCCUCUUCUUAACCUACUCGUUCGUAGUGUAUUGGCACCUGGAAGAGACUACGGUUUGUGUUUUUCUGUUUUGUCUCGGCACAGUUGAUAGGUAAAAGCAUUACAGAGUUCAUGGGAAUUUACAGAGAGGAGAAGAAACUGAAACAGGUCUACUUUUGAAGAGUUUUUUGCCCUUUGCUAAGAGUGUGAAAAAGAGGAAGAGAGCAGUGCUGGACUAUGACCUCUCCUGACAAGUGCUCUUCCAGUUCUCAGCCCCAGGCUUACGGCCUCCCCCAGGGCCUCGUUCCCUGCUCACACCCACAAUGUAUGAUGAAAUCCUUGGGAUCUGCAGUCCGAGUUCUUAGUAGAAGCAGCUGUGUGACUUAGAGCUGUGUGGGGACAGCACCUUUGCGCCCAGCAUCUUACCCACUGAAGUCUGUUUUCAAAGGUACAGCUUCGAGUUCUCAGAAAGUGGGUGAUUUUCCAGCAUGUUAAAGUCAUUAGUGACUGAGCAGACCUCUAAGCACGUAGAUUUCCAUGACAGGGCCCUUUCCCCCAAGGAUCAUACUCCUUGAACUGAUACUAAAUUAGAUUUAAAGGCAAAACAUUAGCCGGCUUGAAAUAACAAAGACUUUCAAGACCUCCCCAUAGCCCUAGGAUCUGAGGGACAGGCUGCAGAUGUAUCAUGGCUUGGGCAGUUCAAGGGUCCCUAACUUUGUGGGAAUGGCCAUGUCCUCUCUUCACUCCUCACCUUACUUUACACCCACCUCUGCCCCUCUUGCCACCACAGCGCUCACCCACUAUAAUGAUGAGUCUUAUGUGUUAACUUGAUUAGACUAUAAUACGCAGAUAUUUAAACACUAACCUAGGUGUUUCUGUAAGGGUAUUUUAUGGAUGAGGUUAAUAUCUAUAAUCAGUUGACUUUUCAGUAUCCUCAAUAAUGUGGGUGGACUUCUCCCAAUCAGUUGAAGGCCUUAAAGAACAAAAACUGAGGUUUCCCCCAAGAAGAAAUUCUGCAUCAAAAUGCAGCAUAAAAUCUAACCUGAGUUUCCAGUCUGGUAGCCUGCCCUACAGAUUUCAAAUUUAUCAGUGUCCCUCCCCACCCCCACACAAUCGCAUUAGCCAAUUCCUUCCAAUAAAUCUCUUUAUAUAAAUAUGUGUGUGUAUACAUAGAAGAAUUCUGACUGAUACACCCACCAACCUCAAAGAUCAAAGACUGUUGGGUGUGGAAGGAGCUUUGAGGACGGUAGGAAGGAGCACUGUGAAGGAAGGCAGAGAAGGAGGAGUACUAAGUAGUCCAGGGCCUCGUCUCUCUUGCCUAGUGUGGGGCAGUGGAGACCCUUCCUCGCUGGCCUUUCCUGUUUUGCUGUCAAAGGGGAAUGCCUUGAGGAUGAGGCCUUGUCUCCUUCAUUGAUCUCUUUUCCAGAGUUGCUACAAAAUACAGGCUCUGGGCCAUGACCGUGGAUAUGGUCCACUCCAGUUGGGCUGAGCCUUCUGCCCUCUCAUAGAGCCAGGAAACAUCAGGCAGUGAAGUGGGUACAUGCACACUCACAAUCUGAGGAAGUAGGACCCAUUUGUCCCAAUCCCUCUUACUCAGGGAGGAUCAAGCCUUGGCAGGACACUGCUGCUUCACCUCUCAGCAGGCACCUUAGGGAUGCCUAAGGCAGGGCCAGAGCAACAGAAUCUGGCCCUCAAUGUGAGCAAGGCCUGGAGAGGACUAUGGGGAAUUCUCCAGUGCCUCAGGGCUCCUCAGACUGCCACAGGGAGUUUAGUAACAGCUUUGACUCCUUUUUGGUACUAGGACAAAGUUGAACAUUCUUGCCACUGUCCUGUGAAGACCAAACUUUCUAGGCCUAACAGGAAACUUUUGGAACAUCUUUGUUUCAGAAAGUAUACCUAAUUUUUAUUACGUCAAUCUGAAAAUCUAAUCAUUUCAGAUGUAUAAGUAAUUCCCCACUCUCAAACUAGGUUUAAAGCAAAGAAAAUCAAACAAAAAGCAAUUUGCAUUCUCCUCAUGUGCAGCUUGGUUCCAGGAAAAGUCUGCCCUGGAACUGGGAUUGCCCAGUGGACUUUGGGUCCUUUGGUCACAGCUGACAGUACUCAGCUAAGGUGGUGGCUAGGAGUGGACAGCGAGGAAGUCAUGGACUCGAGAGAAUUGUAGAAGGCAGAUGUGAUAAGAUUUUGUGGUUUAUACCUUCAGAGAAUGCAGGAGAUGAAAGAGCUUCUGGCCCAAGGAGCUGGGAAGAUGAUGGUAUAUUUUACUAAGGUGGGGAAUAUAGGAAGAAGAAAUUGCUUUUGAAAUUAAGAAGAUGCUUACAGGCCCUCCCUACACUGAAGUCGAGAUUCCUGUUACCCAUCUAGGUGGACGCAUCCACCAGGAGUUAGGAAUAUUGAUCUUUUCAGCAGAGGAGUUCAGUUGAGGAAACCCUCAGCAGACAGACAGGGAAAACAGAAGGCUGGGAAUUAGAUGAGACCUACCCAGAAAUGAGGAAGAAGGGAAGAGGACUGAGGCAGGCAUCCUAGGCAAGCAGGAAUAUUUGUGGGGGCUGGUAGAUGAAGAGAACUCCAAAAGAAUGAGGAGGAUAACUGGAAAGGAAUGAGGGCUACUAGAGGAGGGUAUGUCCCAAAGGCCCAUCCUCUUCCAAGAAGUCAAAGGUGCUAUCAACAGGGCCACGUUCUACAUUGAAUUUCAAAAAUAACAACUUACGUUCAUUAACUUCACUUCAGUGACCGGUAAUAUGCAACAGACUUUGUGCUUUAUAUUUUAUAUCCUUUUUAAUCACCACAACAACACUGCAAGGCCUGUCAAUGUUUAAUGAUCCUCAUCUUACAGACAAGGCAGCUUUGAGUAUUUUGCCCAAGCUCCCACAACUAGUGAGUGCCAGAGAUUCUGACCGAAGUCCUCUUGUUGUUGUUGCUGUGUGCCAUCAAGUCCCUUCCAACUCAUACCAACCCUGUAGAACAGAGUAGAACUGCCCCAUAGGGUUUCCUAGGCUAUAAUCUCUACAGGAGCGGAUCCCCAGGUAUUUUCUCCCAUGGAGCUGCUGGUGGGUUCAAACCACCUAGGUUUUGGUUAGCAGCCAAGUACUUAAUCAUUGUGUUACAGGGCUCCUUGACCCAAGUCCUAAGACUCUAAAAUUCAUAUUCGCAAUCAGAAAACACACAGUAAAGAAUAUGUAAUAACAGUUUGGAGACAAGUGACAGGAAGUAUGUUGAGGACUCCACUGCUUCCAUAGACUCUUCUCUGCCUGCUAACCCACUCCCCGCUUGUCUCCACUUCCAUCAAAUAGAGAAAAACUUCCCGCUUGUACCAGAGUUGAGCCUGUCAUCCCUGCUUAAAAUCUUUCUGUGCCCUCCACCCCAUUAACUUCUACCUGUGGGGUAGUCAGGACAGAGAAGCAGAGGUGAAGUGUGGUGCCAGAGACUUGAGUUAGGGAUCCAGCUCUGCCUACCACCACCUAUGUCGUUUUGGCAAGAUACUUAAUCACCCCAGGCCUCAGUUCCUCAUCUGUAAAAUGGAGAUAACAUACUUGCCUGGUGGUGUUGUUUGGAAACCUUUAAAGAAAUCAUUUACAUAAAGUGUUGAGCACAGUGUUUGACCCCAAAAUAAGCAAUAGAAAAAUGGUAUUGUUAUUAGCUAUUCAGGAAAAUUCAAGUGAAAUUGUAAAGGGCACCUCCCCUGGCUGUUAACGAAGUAUUCACUAGCUACUAUUCCCCUAGCUGCACGUUUGUUCUGGCUCUGAUCAAUGUCUGCAGUCCCCACCUGCACCCAUGCCUUGGCAAAAACCUGUCUUCUGUCCAGAUACCUUCCCCUUUUUUAUAAAUGGACUGUUUAAUCUUUAGGAUUCAGCCCGUGAAGGUCUCCUCCUGUGCCCCACCACCACUAUCUACCCUACCCAUCAUCAGGCCAACAGACAGCACUCUUCCUCAGAUCCUAAAAGCCUACACUCUCCUCUGUUUUAGCAGUCCCUGCAAGAUUAAUUCAUCCUUCCAGUUCCACACUGGACUGAGUUCCUUCAGGGUGAGCCUUUUGCCUUGUUUAUCUCUGUAGGUCAGCAUCCUGACAGUGCCUGAAGCAUAGUAGACAGCCAGGAAAUGCCUGAUGACUGAGCUCAUUCUCCUGGCAUCUGGAUCCUCAGUCAGCAGGGCAGAGUUGACCAUACAGUACUCAGGCUCCUCCCAGCUCUAAGAUGCUCUCAGGAAUUUGCAGACCAGGGGCUGGUCUACCCUGAUCCAUGGGAGAAGCUUCCUCUAGGUUGGUCCCAGAAGAGAGGAGCAGGUAGCUACCUGUCAUGAAUGGCUAAAGCCCAACAUUAGCCUGCUUCUGGUGACCUUAGCUGAGGGCAGACUUCACCUGUUGUGGUAGGUUAAAUAAUGUUCCCCUCACCCCAAAGAUGUUCGCUCCCUAAUCCUUGAAGCCUGUGAAUAUGCUACUUUAUGUGGCAAAGGAACUUUGCAAGUGUGAUUAAAUUAAGGACCUUGAGAUGGGGGUCUUAUUCUGGAUUAUCUGAGUGGCCCCUAAAUGUAAUCACAGAACUGGUUGCCAUCGAUUUGAUUCUGACUCAUAGUGACCUCAUGUGUGUCAGAGUAGGACUGUCUCCAUAUGGUUUACAAUGACCGAUUUUUCAGAGGUAGAUUAUCAGGCGUUUCUUCCAUGAUGCCUUUGGGUGGACUAGAACCUCCAACCCUUUGGUUAGCAGCCAAGUGCACUAACCAUUUGCAUCACCCAAGGACUCCAGAUGUAAUCACAGGUGUCCUUAUAAGAGGAAGGCAAGGGAGUCAAUGAGGGAGAAGAUGAUGUGAUGACAGAAGCCAGGAGACAAGGAAUGCUGGGGACCUCUAGAAGCUGAAAGAAGCAAGGAACAAAUUCUCCCAUGGAGCCUCCAGAAGGAACCAGCCCUGCUGAUACCUUGAUUUUAAAAACUCCUUGUCUUAGUUAUCUAGUACUGCUAUAACUAAAAUAUCACAAGUGGAUGGCUUUAACAAACUUAUUCUCUCACGGCCUAGGAGGCUAGAUGUCUGAAUUCAGGGUGCCACCUCCAGGGGAAGGCUUUCUCUCUCUCUUGGCUCUGGAGGAAGGUCCUUGUCAUCAAUCUUCCCCUGGUUGAGGGGCUUCUCAUCAUAGGGACCCUGGGCCCAAAGGGCAUACGAUGCUCCCAGUGCUUCUUUCUUGGUGGUAUGAGGUCCCCAUAUCUCUCUCAUUGAGUCUGUCUUUUAUAUCUCAAAAGAGAUUGGCUUAAGACACAACCUAAUCUUGUAUAUUGAGUCCUGCCUCAUUAACAUAACUACUGCUAAUCCCACCUCAUCAGCAUCAUAGAGGUAGGAUUUACAACACAAAGGAAAAUCACAUCAAAUGACAAAAUGGCUGACAAUCACACAGUACUGGGAAUCAUGGCCUAGCCAAGUUGACAGAUAUUUUGAGGGGACAUAAUCUAAUCCAUGACACUCCUUAAGACUCAUUUUGGACUUCUGACCUGCAGAACUAUAGGAGAAUAAAUGUGUGUUGUUUUAAGCCACUAAGUUUGUAGUAACUUGUUACAGCAGCAAUGGGAAACUAAUGUACCAUUCUUAAACUCAUGAAAGACAGACUCUCAAACUCAUUGCCAUUGAGUCGAUUCCGACUCAUAGUGACCCUAUAGGACAGAGUAGAACUGCCCCAUAUGGUUUCCAGGGAGUGCCUGAGGGAUUUGAACUGCCAACCUUUUGGUUAGCAGCCAUAGCUCUUAACCACUAAGCCACCAGGAUUUCCUCAGAAGACACUAGAUUCUCUUUAUUUGUGGGAAAGGAGAUGUGAGUGUCAUCGGGGCAAAAUGUGAAGUGUACUUGGAAGGAAGGAGGAAGGGAGAGAAGGAAGGUGGCAGAGGAGAAAAGGGGGAUCAGAAUUGGGAGACUCGGCCUCAUAGUGAACCUUUUCUUUUGGCAGACCGGCUUCUUCCUGGGCCUGACCUGCCUGCCUGACCUGCCUCCCUGACCUCCUCAGCCCAGAGCUGCUCAGAAUACCUCCAUCUUUGCAAGUGGCACUGAGCUCCUCUAGACAAUGGUUGGCCUCCCCCAGCUGUGGACCUUCCUAGUGCUCCCUGAGCCCAUGCCAGGCAGGAAGGCCACAGACUGGCUUCACUGUGGGCUUGUAGCAACUGUGAGUGGGAAGUACCUCUCAUUCUUAGGAAAGCUCAUCCCCAGAUUGCUGCUAAGAGGCAGCACUAGUCUUCUGUGGCUGCCAUGACAAAACACCAUACACUUGGUAUGUUAAAACAACAAAAAUUUAUUCUCUCACAGUUCAAGAGGUUAGAAGACUAAAAUCAAGGCGUCGGUAGGGCUGUGCUCCCUGCGAAGGCUCUAGGGGAAAAUCCUUGUCUCUUGUAGCUUCUGGUGGCUUCUGGUGUUCCUCAGCCUGUGGCAGUGUGACUCUAAUCUCUGCCUCCGUCUUCACAUGGUCUUCUUCUCUGUGCCUCUGUAUGUCCAAGUCUCUCUCUCCUUUCAGUUAUAGAGAUAUCAGUCAUUGGAUUUAGGGCCCACACCGAGUGCAGGAUAAGCUCAUCGCAAGAUCUUUAAUUACAGUUGUAAAGACCCUAUUUCCAAAUAAGGUCACAGUCUGGAGUUCCAGGUAGACAUGAAUUUGGGGGUGGGGAGGUCACUAUUAAACCCAUUACGGAUGCUGGACUCUGAGCCUCCUGGUAGGGCCUUCUGGAAGCAGAACCAGCCUUGACCCAGACUUCUCCUUUUCUUCCCUCUCUAGGCACACGGAAUUCUACCUCCAAAAGGCUCUUGUACCCGUUUAUUUAGGAGCCUUAAUGGCACAGUGGUUCAGUGCUAGGCUGUUGACUGAAAGGUCCGCGGUUUGAACCCACCAGCCUCUCAGCUGGAGAUACAUGUGGCAGUCUGCUUCUGUAAAAGAUUUACAGCCUUGGAAACCCUAUGGGGCAGUUCUACUCUGUCCUACAGGGUGGCUAUGAGUCAGAACUGACUCGAUGGCAAUGGGUUAGCUGGUAACUUACAGCUGAAUAUAAAACUAAGUGAGAGAGAUUUGUAUUUUUUUUACUAGCCCUUCCUUUGUCCAUGGGUGUGAGGAGUUGAGGAGAGGCUGUCUCUACUCGGGGAACUCCAGGCUUCCAGGGCAGGAUAGGAAGACCUUGUGGCCCUUUCACCAGAUGACUCCUAUAACCAUGAGAAGGCCUGAACUGUCUGAGAAACAGAUCAGACUGUUCUCUGGAUUCACUUGUCUGGAAAAAAAGCCUGAAGAGAAAAGACAUGAGGCUAGAAGAGGGGCUCAGUGCUUCAGUUUUGGUACCUGCAAAAUAGUGACAAUAAAUAUACACACAUACACCUCACAGGAUUACUGGGGAGAUAAAAUGAGAUAGAUAACAAUCCUUACAAAGCACUUAGAGCAGAGUCUUAACAUGGCAUAAAAAGAAAAAUUAUUAUUAUUAUUAGCUGUUUAAUUAAUAUUAUCAUUAGCAUUAAUUGAUACAGGUCCUUGAUCUUUCCCUUGGGAAUCUUACAGUCAAUCAUAUUGUGGGAAAUAAGACUAACACAUGAAAAGCAACUGGUAAAUUAUCUAAUCUCUAAAUGAUUAGCACUUAGAGAUUCAUCUAGACCACGUGGCCCAGGCAGAAAGAAUACCUGGACUCCUGGUGCCUUUUGACUCACAAAAGUCUUUCGUUUACAUCCUCUGUUUAGAUCCCACAACAACUCCGGAAGGGAGGAAGGUUCUUUUUGCUCCUCUUUUACAGGUAAGGAAAUCUCCGGUGAAGCUGAGACAUCAGGGAACAUGGGUGCGGGAGUUAGAAAGUGGCCAAGGUAGAAUUUGAGUCUAAGUUUUAUGUUUUGCUUUUCUUUUGUAUUAGAUUCAAUGUUUCAGAGGAAAGUGAUACAUGUAAUGGAUACAAAUUGUAUCAACAUACAAACAGUAGAGCAGACCUCUCCUGACCCCCACCCACAGUAAGAAAUACAUUUUACAUUGCCUCCCAGUCUAACUAACACAAAAAUAUAAAUUACGACAAGUUUCACAAAAUGAUAUUAAUUAUGAGAUACAAUUUCUCUUCUGCCCCUUAAAAAAAGGGGGGAAGGAAAGAAAAAUAUGAUCUCUACCCAAUAAACUUAUUUCAUAACCCACUAAUGUACUAUAGCAGUCCCAGGUGUAAAUGGUUAACAGUUAACACGUUCAACUGCUAACUGAAAGGUUGGAGGUUCAAGUUCACCCAAAGGCACCUUGGAAGAAAGGCCUGGAGAUCUACUUCCAAAAAACCAGCCAUUGAAAGCUCUAUUGAGCACAUUUCUACUCUGACACACAAUCAGAAUCAACUCAAUGACAACUAGGUUAAUGGACUACAACCUAUAGUUUGAAAAACACUGGCUAGAAAAAACUACAAAGAUGAAAGUAAAAACUAUCUUACUGACUUUAAAAGUCUUAAUAUUUCUCUGACACUUCUUUUGAGAUCUCUUUGUACAUGUGCACACACCCUGAUAUUUGUCUUUGUGGGGAGGUGUCACUCCCAUCAAUAGCUAGAGUGGAAGGCAUCCUGUGAUAGAUGGCAAAGAGAGAUGCAGGUUGAGUUCUGUGGCAGUUGAGCGGGAAGGUUAAUUCCAACUUAGGAAAUAACCCAACCUCUCCUGUAGGAGGUGGUAUUUGAGCUGGGUUUUGAAGAAUAUUUAGGGUUUAUGACCUGUUUAGACUGGGGGCUAGGGGAAAGUAGUAUAAUCCAGGCAGAGGGGACAGUGAAAACAAAGAUAGAAGAAUUGUUGCUGGGCCACAUAUAGCAUGGGCAGUAGUGGGGCCCAGUGGUACAGUGGUUAAAAGUUCAGCAGCUAAUCAAAAGGUCAGCAGUUUGAAUCCACCAGCCGCUCCUUGGAAACCCUAUGGGGCAGUUCUACUCUGUCCCACAGGGUGGCUACUAGCGGAGGAAAGUGGGAUAUCUAGGAAGGCGAUUUUAUCCUACUUUCUCAGUUUUCAGUUUCUUGAUUUGCCUGUGACUCUCUUCCUCCUCCUCUUCCUUCUUUACCAACAUAGAGUUUCCCAUGAGCCUUGAAUCCGGGGCACUUUUGCUAACUUCCCCUGCAGUGCCGACGCUGCCACUCCCAGUGCCACCACAGUGGAAGGGGCUCAUGCCACCUCCAUUGCUCUUGGCCCCAAAGCCAUAGAGGUGCCUCGACUCAACAGCAACAGGGUUUGGUGGUUGUUGUUGUUGUUUUUUAAGGGCAAUGGUGAGAAGUAACCUUUCAGUUCUGGGGACAUAGGGCCCAGCUUAGGGGGGCCUCUAAUGCCAAGCUGGGGAAGGAGUAGGUUUUACUUUAUAAACAAUGUUGGAGCAAAGGAUAUGAGCAGGCAAUAUACAGGAGAGGAAGCCCCAAAGCUAUCAAGCUCAUGUAGAGAUGUUUGGACUCACUCAUUAAUAAUCGGAGAAAUGCAAAUGAAAAGAACGAUGAGAUGUCACUUUACACCAGACAGUCUGGCAAAAGUUAGAAAGUUGGGUGACGCGAGUGUUGAGAAACUCUGCAGUAAAAACAACCCAGUUUCUUCAACCAAUGCAUCACCAGAAAAAAAGAGACGGACAGAGAAUAUAUAUUAGAGUUAAAAGACAUAUCAACCAAUCACAAUGUGUGGAACUUAGUUGGUUCCAAUUCAAACAAACAAUUUUAAAGAGGUAUGGCACGUAGACAAGGGGGGAUUGCCCAACGAGAAAGAUACACACUACAGAUUAUUAAGUAAACACAAGUAAGCCUGUGUGUACCUUGCUUGCUGUAAGCCUGUGCAUACCUUCCUUACUGGAUAAUGUGUCCCUGCAUGUCAAUUAAAAUUGAAAAGUUUAACUAGAUGCUUGAUAAAUUAAGGAAUCAUUGUUAAUUGUUUUUGUUUGGAUUUGGUAUUGUAGGUCUCUACCUUUUAGAGAUACAUAAGGAAAUAUUUACGAAUGAACUACUAUGGUUUUUGGGAUUUGCUUCAAAAUUAUAUGGGAUGGCCUUGAGUUGGGAAUUGUUGAAGCUGGUUAAUCAGUGCAUUGGCAUCUGUUUAUGUAUAUAUUUCAAUUUCUCAAUUAUCAAGAAUUAAAAAUGCAUCAAAAAAAAAAAAAAAAAA